CCACCUGUUUGUUCAUUUUUCUGGGAUUUAAGUCAAAUUCAUUUCUUCUUCAGUUCAUAUAUUUAUUGCAUUUCUUCCUUAUUCCAUGUAUCAAUUUCUCAUUCCAUGUAUCAGUUGUAUUUCUUCUUCAUUCCAUGUAUCAGUUGUAUUUCUUCCUCAUUCCAUGUAUCAAUUGUAUUUCUUCUUCAUUCCAUGUAUCAGUUGUAUUUCUUCCUCAUUCCAUGUAUCAAUUGUAUUUCUUCCUCAUUCCAUGUAUCAAUUGUAUUUCUUCCUCAUUCCAUGUAUCAAUUGUAUUUCUUCCUCAUUCCAUGUAUCAGUUGUAUUUCUUCUUCAUUCCAUGCAUCAGUUGUAUUUCUUCUUCAUUCCAUGUAUCAGUUGUAUUUCUUCCUCAUUCCAUGUAUCAAUUGUAUUUCUUCCUCAUUCAAUGUAUCAGUUGUAUUUCUUCUUCAUUCCAUGUAUCAAUUGUAUUUCUUCCUCAUUCCAUGUAUCAAUUGUAUUUCUUCUUCAUUCCAUGCAUCAGUUGUAUUUCUUCUUCAUUCCAUGCAUCAGUUGUAUUUCUUCCUCAUUCCAUGCAUCAGUUGUAUUUCUUCUUCAUUCCAUGUAUCAGUUGUAUUUCUUCUUCAUUCCAUGUAUCAGUUGUAUUUCUUCUUCAUUCCAUGUAUCAGUUGUAU